AAGGGGAAGUGAUCUCGCUGUUGUUUCCCUUUGCAAUUAGCCAUAGCCAUACAUCCACGGCUCCAGCUGCCAAAAUAUGUAUAUUAAAACGCGAUAGGUCUACCUAUAGUCUACCCUUCUCACACGAUUUAGCUUUUCUGAGAGUGCGUAUUUUAAAUUGACUCAAUCCAAACGGAAUCAAUGGAACUGUAGUGCUUUGAUUUACAUUCAAAUGGGAUAUCGCAACUGCACAGCUCCAAAUAGGAACUACAAUUCCUAGGAAGCUUCGCGUCCUGCACGAGAAUCCGUAUUCCGUGGAUUGCGCCUGCGUAUCCAGACGUGGCAGCCUGUAUCAUGGCUACUUUGAUCCGAUGCCGGAGUGAGAUGAGGGGACGCAAGAUGUAUCUAGCCGUGUUGCUGGUGUUGGCUGCGACCGUCCUGCAGGCUGCGAAGGUGUCCCCCCUCAUCGAGCAGGUCAGCGACCACAAGGACUUCAAGAAGCUGCUCAGGACCCGCACCAACGUCCUCAUCCUGUACACCAAGUCAGCCACGUCCUGGGAGGGCCAGAUGAAGCUGCUGUCGGGGGUGGCCCAGGCCGUGAAAGGUCAGGGGACCAUCGCCUGGGUCAACUGUGGGGACUCAGAAGGACGGAAGCUGUGUAAGAAAAUGAAAGUUGAUCCGGGGUCGAAAAAAGGAGGGCUGGAGAUCCUGCAUUACAAGGACGGUUCCUUCCACACAGAGUACGACAGGCCAUCAACAUUUAAGUCCAUGGUCGCCUUUCUGAAGGACCCAACUGGAGCACCGUUAUGGGAGGAGAACCCGGAGGCCAAAGACGUCACGCACAUCGAGAGUGAAAAGGACUUCAGGAAGCUGUUGAAGAGAGAGGACCGGCCCGUCCUCAUGAUGUUUUACGCGCCGUGGUGUGGUGUGUGUAAGAGGAUGCAGCCUGUCUUUCAGCAGGCAGCUACAGAGGCCAGGGGUAAAUACGUCCUGGCGGGGAUGAACGUGCACCCGGCCGAGUUCGACGGAAUCAAGCAGGAAUACGACAUCAAGGGCUACCCCACCUUCUGCUACUUCCAGAAGGGGAAGUUCCUGCACCACUACGAGAAUUACGGGGCCACGGCCCAGGACCUCCUCGACUGGAUGAAGAACUCCCUGUGUCCUAUUUCAGGGUGCGGUCACUGUAAGAAGAUGAAACCGGAGUACGACGCGGCUGCCGAGAUCCUCAACAAGGACCGAGACAGCCCUGGGGUUCUGGCUGCAGUGGACAGCACCAUACACAAGUCCGUUGGGGACCGCUACAAGAUCUCGGGCUUCCCCACGGUGAAGUACUUUGAGAAUGGCGAGGAGCGCUAUACACUGCCCCACCUCCGCAGCCGAGACAAGAUCAUUGAGUGGAUGCACAGCCCCCAGGCCCCGCCCCCUCCUGAGCAGUCAUGGGAAGACACGCCCUCCAGCGUCAGUCACCUGGGCGUGGAGGACUUCAGAGAGGCACUAAAGAAGAAGAAGCACGCCCUGGUCAUGUUCUACGCCCCCUGGUGCCCCCACUGCAAGAGCGCUGUACCCCACUUCACAACGGCCGCAGAACUCUUUAAGGAGGACCGCAAGAUCGCGUACGCGGCGGUGGACUGCACCAGGGGCCAGAACCACGAGCUGUGUAAGGCGGAGAGCGUGGAGGGCUACCCCACCUUCAACUACUACAACUACGGCAAGUUCGCCGAGAAGUACGCCGGAGAGAGGGGGGAGGCGGGGUUUGUGGGCUUCAUGCGGAGCCUGAGGGGGCGGGACCAGGAGAAGGUGGGCAAGAGGAAGGAGGAGCUUUAACGGCGCCGGGGGCGGGGCCACAAGGAGGGGGGCGGAGCCUGCUGAUGCACUGUGACCUGGGCGGGGCCCCUUCAGGACCGAGGCGCGAGAGAAGACCCUCCCCAACCUCAGCUACCGACCAUCUUUUAUACACCGCCUGGCUGUUUGAGAGACUGUUCCUUACCCCGUCUGACCACUCCAGACCCCCCUCAUCCCGACCGCUACCCUGAGUAUCCUCAACUGACAGAUAAAUUUAAAAAAAACCUUUUCCAUUCCCAACCCCCCCGACACGUUUUUAUCUAUGCAAUACCCGCCCCUCCCUGUGGUGACAGACGAAGACGAAGGUGGCGCUCAGAGGAUGAAGGUGGACUUCGUUUGGGUUUUUUUGGUUUGUUUGUUUUUUUUGUUUUUAUGUUUUUUUUUGCAUGCGUGGCCUAAAGCCGUUUUCGCUGUGGGGGGGGCAGUGUACACCCUUCAGUUUCUGUGAAGAGGAAUACAGAAUAUAUAUAAUUGUACGUUUAAAAGAAAAAAAGAAAGAAAAUCUGAGAUAUUUUUGUAUUUAAAAAAAGAA